AUGGGCAAUGCGCUCGUGCAGACAUUGCACGAAGCCGGCCAUCCAGUGACUAUCUGGAACAGAACAAGGCAUCGUCUCCAAAUCGAUAAACUCAUUGAACUCAGAGCCAAAUUUAAACAAGAUGCCGAGAUUGCCAUCGGCCGCAGUGGAAGGCUAGUCAUGAUCUGCGUGCUCGACUACGACGCCAUCUACAACGCCCUCGACAAGGUUCCAUCGUUUGCCGGGAAGACAGUUGUCAAUCUCACCAACGGCUCCCCCUCGCAAUCCACGGUCGCAGAGGAGUGGUUCAAGCGCCGCCAGGCAGAACGAUACUUUAACGGAGCCGUCAUGGCGACUCCAGAGCUGGUCGGCACUGCACACUCCUUGCUGGUGUCUACAACGGCGAAAGCGAAGAGCAAUUCAGCGAUGUCAAGUCUGUCCUGGGAGCUAUGGUUGCCGCUCACUACGAGUUGUCCUGAUGCGGGCUCAGCGUCAAGACUGGACCUCGCCGCCUUUGCCACCAUGUACGGCAUGUUCUUGGGGCCGUGUGUUGGUCGGUGA